CUCGACCUCGAUCUCGGCCGCCCAUGGGAAGCGCGGCCCGGCGGCGGCUCGGCAGCAGGAGGCAGCGGGGAGACUCCCCUGGCGGCCCCGCUCGCCCGUAGCUCGGCGGGGCAUGCCCGGCCCGAGGAUGCCGGCCUGGGGGAUCCUGCCCAUCACGCUGCCCGCUUUCACCAUCACCGGCAUGUGGAUCGUGUAUGCCAUGGCCCUCUCCAAUAACCACAUUUGCCCUGUCCACAACUGGAAUUACAACCAGUCAUGCGGUGUGGAUGGCCCUGGCUCUUGCUGCACACUGGACCACAUCCCCCUUGUCAGCAAGUGUGGCACCCUGCCUCCUGAGAGCUGCUUCUUCAGCCUCAUCUGCAGCCUGGGCUCCUUCAUGGUCAUCCUGGUGGGGCUGCUGCGCUACGCCCACCUCCUGGAGCGCCUUGGGCCGUCCCUUCUCAACACCCUGGGAUUGGCCACCGGCUGGGUCUGUGCUGCAGGCCUCACCAUGGUUGGAAACUUCCAGGUGGAUCAUGCCAAGGUGCUGCAUUACAUCGGGGCAGGGGUGGCCUUUCCCACCAGCAUGCUGUUCCUGCUGCUGCAGUCCAUCCUCACCUACCGCAUGGCCAAAACCCGUGGACAGUACUGGACUGGCCACUUACGUAGCAUCCUCACCUCUGUGGCCUUCCUCACUCUUGUCUUCAGUGGUGUGUUUUUCAUCCAGGAGAGCUUCGUGCUGCAGCAUGUGGCAGCCCUGUGCGAGUGGAUGUUCAUUAUUGAUGUCCUGGUCUUCUACGGCACCUUCACGUUUGAGUUUGGGGCCAUCUCCACAGACACCUUCUUGGUCCUGCUGCAAGCCAGUCAGACCACUAAAAGUUACAAAAGCGAGAGUGGUGUGUCCAGCACAGGCCAAAUCCAUAGCCACUCAGAGGGCCUGGCCAUGGCCUGACCUCAAAAGGAGGCAGCUCAUGGUGGGGACCCUCAAACUGGGCUCUGCCAGUGGAUCCCCUGCCUUGAGUGUCUCCAAGACCACAGCUGCCUCGGAGUGCGUGUGUGCAUACACAUGGACAUGUGGUGCCCUUCCCUCCUGGUGGGAGCUGCAGCUGGGGCUCCUCUGACAGCCAGUGUCACCUGAAGGAGCUACCUUCUCCCUGCCUGCAGGGUUUGGGGUCUCUGCUGGGAUACAGGGAUGCCGGCCUGGUGCUGCUAUCAGCAGAGCCAAUAUUUGCCCCUGCACCUUCCUCCAGGCUUUCCCCGUCUGAGGCAGCAGCUGUUCAAGGCAAAUCACAUAGAGGCAUCCUUCUGUAAGGGACACAGGGGAACAAGGGGCUCACCCUCUCUUCUGCAAGUCAGCAUGAUAUGCUGGGAAUGGGAGGUUUGCUGUUCCUCCCUCUUCCACAGCCACAGGGGGAGGGUUCAGCAGAAGAAGCCUUCUAGACAGUUGCUGUGACUGUCAGAGAAGCCAAAAACCCAGAGUGCCUUUUCCCCUUUUCAGGAAGGUGAUGGCAGCAGUGCUGGUCUGU